CUUCCAGGACACGAGCCUUCGCCAUGCCAGCUGUUUCUUUAGACGGGUGAUAAAAUUAAAAACGCUCCUUUAUCCUAUAGUUAAGAUACGGCCUUCUUUUUUUUCUUUUUGCACGGAGUGACCAAUAAUGAGCCAGUCUCAAAUGAUAAUAAAACAUUAGUAAAAAUACGCAGUCCGCUCUGAAGCCAUUUUCGGUCCUUUUGCCGGGCGACUAAGGACUAUCCGAGAAGCGUUUGCGAAUCGGGGUGGAAAACUUGAAAAGGCCAAGCUCUCAAACGAGAGAGGCGGCUCCAAGGAAUUAAUUUGUGCAAGCAAAGCCGCAAAGACUCAGGCCAGGUUACCCUUCUUUAGGAAAUUUGGGAAUGGAAAGAAAGGAAAGUAGAAACAUCCCACCCUCUAAAAAAAAAAAAAGACGACUGCACGGAAGCUAGGAAAUUCCGGGGGAGAUUUCUUUUUUUCUUUUUUUCCCCACCCGCCUACUAACUUCCCUUCCCUAUUUUAGCUCCUCCCUAGAAAAGGCGUGCCCCCUUUCCGUAUUAAAAAAAAAAGAAAAGGGGGAAAAAAGCCCCAGGGAGUUACAGGGUUGUGAAAGAGGGACCCGUAAUAAACAUGGCUUCCUUGACGGCUUCAGUUCAGUGAGGGGGGGGGGAAAAGAGGGAACAUUUUCCUCCCUAGAUGUCCAGUCCAUGUCUAUGGUUUCAAAGCCCAUACGCGUUUCUAUUGGUCAGCUGGACUUCUUGAAGGCGACUUGAACGGUCAAGGAUGUCUCUGGAGGACCCGUUCUUCGUGGUGAAAGGAGAAGUGCAGAAAGCAGUGAAUACAGCCCAGGGCCUUUAUCAACGUUGGGGCCAGCUACUCCAGGAGACCCAAAUUGUGAACAAAGAGGAACUGAACUGGACUACAAAUGAAUUACGCAACACCUUGCGCAGCAUUGAGUGGGACUUGGAGGAUUUGGAAGAAACCAUUUGCAUUGUGGAAUCAAACCCACAAAAGUUUACCAUUGCACCGUCUGAGGUUGCAGCACGACGUUCUUUUGUCACAGAGAUGCGGGAGUCGGUCAAGGAAAUGCAGGAUCACAUGUCUGACCCAGCGGCCCAGUCCUUUGUGGAGAGGAACAACCGAGAGCUGGUGGAUGAUAGGGACCGCUGUGGGCUGUUGAGUGCAGAGAAGGUGUCAGCAGCUGAUUCACAUAUUUUGGAAGAGCAGCAGUUGCACCAGAAGUUAAUCAUUGAGGAGCAGGAUGAACAGUUGGAGCUGGUCUCUGGCAGCAUUUCUGUGCUCAGGCACAUGUCGGGGCGGGUUGGAGAGGAACUUGAUGAACAAACUAUAAUGCUAGAAGACUUUGCUCAAGAGAUGGACAGCACUCAGAGCGGCAUAGAUGGGGUGUUCAAAAAGAUGGGCAGAGUCUCCCACAUGGCCCGUGAAAGACGUCAGUGGUGCAUCAUCUGCCUACUGGUCAUCACUGGUGUGGUGAUACUGGUUCUUCUUUUUGCUCUGUGGUCAACUGACAGAUGAACAUAGGGAAAAUGGAAAAGAUGCCACCAACCCCGUUCCUUUCAUGCGGAAAGCCUGAAGCCACCAUGGCGUUAUGUCCUAUAUGGGGUGAGGGCUAGUGAAGACAUAGGACAAUGACAAGAAUGUUGGAUUCUCACUGGGCUUCCCUCCCUUGUAUUCACGCUGUUGUCCCUUAACUAUUAGGAGCUACAGGUUUGUGACAAGGGAGGAUUCUGCUUGUUGGUACUGAUCAACUCAUCAAGGUAGUCCAGACCAGAAAACCAAAAUAAUGAAUGCUAAUACUAUUUUUAUUCUAAGGUUACAUUAAUAGACUCUUGCAAGUCUGAAAGCACUUCUCCUUUCCCACCAUUCCCUGCCUUCACUUUCCAGAGAAUUAGGAUAAUCCUGAAGCUUUCUCAAAUUACACUUGUGUUUUGGGCUCAGAUUUCAUUUAUCAGACCAUUAUGUAAAUUGCAGCUUUUCCUUGUGCCUCACAAAGCUAUUCUUACAGCCCCUUCUGUACUUUAGAAUGGGAAUUUGUGUACUGCCAUACUUGGGAAAUACUGGAUUUGCAUACCUGUUUCUUAAAUGUGAUCAUGCUGUACCUUUUCUUUGGGUCACCAGCUUAGAAAAAGGUUUAUUUUCUGUUUUUAGUCUUAAAUAUUCAAUUCCUUUAUACCAGCUCUGUGUAACUUAUCUCUGCAUUAAAUGUAUCUGAGGAAGCACAAUUGACUUAAAGGGUUACCUAUUUUUCAGUCAAACCAAUCAAAAACGGUGGAAGAAUUAGAUAGGAUAACAGUAUGUUCUGCUUGUUGAGUUAGUGAAAUACUUGGUGAAAUUAUAAGGGAUGAAGAUGAUCUAAAACUGUAUUUCUAUUUAAAUACCUAAUGAAACCAAACACCACCUCUCAAUCCCCCAUCCCUCUGGUUAGCUGUUUUCUAAAAAUUGAGAGAUUAAAAAACAUUUGUCAUUAUGUAAGUGUAGAUUGCAGCACUGUGCAGUCAGAUGCAACUGAUGGUGAUACUUCUGGGCUAGGCAAAACAAAUCUGAUUUAUGAAUGUACUUGCUCUCUUUUCAACUUAAGCCUGGUAAAACAUGGUGGACAGACUAUCUCAGCAUUGGCAAAGUGGAUUCUGCCCUGAAAAUAAAACACUGGCUAUUUUCAGGGAAGUCCAAGUGACUCAGUUUACCAAAAGCAAUAUCUCUAUGGGAUAUUUUGUUGUUACAGACACUUGGCCAUUCCUUCUAUAGAUAAUAUUAUAGAGCAGAGAUUGGCAGACAUCAGACUUGUAAGGUCUACUUUAUUAUCUAAAAACCUGAAGUUUACCAAUCAGCUUGGUGCAAAGAAUGCUGAGCCUUGGAAUUUAGAAAGAUACUUUACAAGGUCUAUGGUAGGGAGAAAACCUGUUUCUGGUUAGAUCAAGCUUUAUAUGGGUGAGGAGAAAGUUCUGGCUGCUGUAUUCUGAAUUCUUGUGCUGCUGAAACUAUCUAAAUAAUUGGAUCUCCCUUCUACCUAUCACCUUUUAGAAAACAAUGUUAAAACAAUUUUUUUUAAAAAAAUAAAUAUUUUAUACUUGUAUGUAAA